CCCUCCCUCCACCUACACCUUCCACCACACAGCAACAACUUACUACCUCUCCACACAAAACCCUCAACAACUCACACAAAAUCCCCCCAAACCUACCGCAAAAUGCCCCCCCACGCCGGCCUCAUCCACCCGAAACAAUACGACCUCAAAGACAGCAACGUCGAACUAAUCAACAGCACCCUCGACCACCAAGUGAAAUACAACAGCGCGGCCACCGAACCCGCCUGGCGCGACAUCGGCACGGCCCCCGGCUUAUACAUCUGGCGCAUUGAGCAAUUCGAAGUGGUCCCGUGGCCGCGGGACCGGUACGGCGAGUUCUACGACGGGGACAGCUACAUCGUGCUGCACAGUGCCAGGCCCCCGCAAACCGACACCGACGAAGAGCCCGCAUUACUCCACGACAUCUUCUUCUGGCUGGGCAGCCACACCUCGCAGGACGAGGCCGGCACCGCCGCAUACAAGACCGUCGAGCUGGAUGAGUACCUGCACGGGGCGGCGACGCAGCACCGCGAGGUGCAGGCGCAUCCGUCCAGUGAGUUUGUGGGGUUGUUUCCCCGGAUUUCCAUCCGGAGGGGCGGGGUGCAGUCUGGGUUUAGGCAUGUGGAGGACGCCGAGGAGAAAGAGGAGGGGAUGAUGCUGUUGCGCGUGUUUAAGCAUGCCGGGGCGGCGCGGCCAGGUUCGUUGAUCGUGCAUGAGGUGGAGCCGACGUGGCGGAGCUUGGACGACAAGGAUGUCUUUGUGUUGGAUGCCGGGGAGAAGAUCUGGGUGUGGCAGGGCCGCAGCUGCAGUCCCAUGGAGAAGGGGAAGGCGGCGCAGGUGGUCCAUGAUCUGACGCAGGCGAAGCAUGUCGAUGUCGAGGUGCUGUCGCAGCUGGAGGCCCGCAGUAAGGUCGUGGUCGAUAUGCUGGGCGGGCGCGAGGUCGGGCAGCUCUCGUUUAGUGCGCCGCGGCCGAUUUCGGAGAAGCGGAAGCGUGCGGUUGAGGAUGGAGAGGACGAAGGUCAGGGAGCGGGGGCCGGGCCCGGGGCGGCGGGCUACCAGCGCAAGUUGUUUAAGCUGAGUGAUGCGGAUGGCUCAUUGUCGUUUGAUCUCGUCAAGGAGGGGAGUGACAUCGGCAAGGCGGAUCUGCAUGGCAAGGAUAUCUUCCUCUUUGACGAUGGGGAUCGGCUGUGGGUGUGGCAGGGGCUGGAGGCGAGUGCCGCGGAGCGGGCGCUGUGGUUGCGCGUGGCGCAGUCGUAUGUGCGCUGGCUGCAGGACAGUCCAGAGGGGUCGGAGGCGCAUUUGAUUCCCAUUUCCAAGGUCGUGCAGGGUCAUGAGAGUCCGGCGUUUAUGCGCGCCAUUGCUGCGGCGGCUUAGUGCAGGGGCCAAAGACUGUAUAUGCUGUAUAUUACCUAACCAAAUACUAUCUCGGGAUGUUUAGAGCAGG